AUGGCCGACGACCUUAUAGAACCCUUGCGAAGAGUACGUUUCGCGGAUCCUCCACCUGAAGAUGGUCGAUACAAGCUUCGCAAUAUGGCGUCGACGGCGUACGAUUCCGACGAAGACGAAGAGGAGAAGAUUUACCCCACGCCGAGUGAGCCAUUUCGCUUAUUCGAUCUACCGGCUGAGAUCCGUCUACGCAUCUACCACUUUGCCCUGUUUACACCCCGGCGUCGCAGCAGGGAGACUAACGGCAACGUGGGGGCAUCCGCGAGAAACCCCUCGCGUUCGCCUCAAUCCGACCGAAUUGCUCUUUUCCUCGCUUCGAGACAACUGCAUGAUGAAGCAUCUGAUUACUUCUACUCGACACAGGCUUUCCGCAUCUUCCAUAUUCAAGACUAUUCACGGAUACCUACUAUCAGGAGUAUACCGACUAAAUAUCGCUCCUCUAUCGGUACAAUUGAGUUGAUAUUAGGAUCAAGCUGGACGGCACCGCCUCGCUCAUGGAGGGUUACCCGUCAACUAGGGCUGGAAGAGAUGACCCGUCUCCGGGUUUUGAAGGUCUUUGUUGAGUGCGAUCCGUCCCAUCCAGUAUUCAACGGCUUCCGUAUCUCAAAUAAUUUUUACUCCGACUUUGCCGGCGGUUUGUUACAGCAAAUCCUGGAAAAACUGCCACGUUUGGGGUACGUCGAAUUUGAUGGAAACCCGUCUGUCAUGAAGGGCGGGGCAUUAAUGAAGCGACUGCUGCAUGAAGCAAGAACAGCGGGCAAAAAGAUCGUGUGGGGUCCUCAAAGAGGGUGGACGGACUACGAUAAGGAGGACAUGAUUGCGGAGAGGGUUGUCUACGGGUUGCAGAGUACCGCCAGAAGACCCCCAGUUACUUAUGUCAGGGAGAACCCUUCAUUCUUCGAAGAAGUUGUGUGA